AUGGCAGAGCUGGUCUGUGUUGCAGCUGGCUUUCUUUUGGAUUUGGUCAGUUCUUUCACCUACUUUCUGGACAAACCCUGGCUGAUAAUGGAGUUGUUAGCAUGUGGCAGUGUCCAUGGACCUGGCAAAGGCCAUCCUUUGAAUGAACAACCAGGAUCAGAACCAAAGGAAGGCCCCUCUGACUCUGAGGAAGAGGCCAAAGAUGUUAAAGAGGAGGGAGUAGACACUGACAAUGCUAUUCUUCAGAUCACACAAGUAGGAUCAGAACCUCAAAGAGGUUUCUCAGUUUUUGAUGAAGAGAAGGAAGAAGAAGAAGUAGAUGAUAAGGAAGAUGAAGAAGAUGAGAAAGAUGAGGAAAUCCUAGAGAAACUGAGGAACAUUGUGAGUGUGGGCACCCCUGACAAGAAAUACUUAGAAGUGGAAGAGCUUGGCCAAGGGGGAUGUGGAGCAGUUUAUUACUCUGUGGAAAUUGCCACAGGACAAGCGGUGGCCAUAAAGCAUAUGAAUGUCAAAGAAGAACCAAAAGGUGUUCUGCUGAAUGAGAUUGCCAUCAUAAGAGAAUAUAAGCACCAGAAUAUUGUGAACUAUUUGGACAGCUACAUGGUGGGUGAUGAGCUCUGGCUUGUUAUGGAGUACAUGUCUGGAGGCUCGUUAGCACAUGUUUUAAAAGAGACACUUCUGGAUGAAGGAGAGACAGCAGCUGUCUGUCGGGAGUGCCUGCAAGGGCUGCAUUUCCUCCAUUCCAACCAAAUCAUUCAUCGUGACAUCAAGAGCUACAACAUCCUCCUGGGAAUGGAUGGCUCUGUCAAACUGGCUGAUUUUGGUCUUUCAGCUCGUGUCACACCCAAACAGAAUGAAAGGACUACCCGCGUUGGAACUACCUGCUGGAUGGCACCAGAGGUUGUCAAGCAAAAACCAUACAGCUUCAAAGCAGAUGUGUGGUCUCUGGGCAUAACAGCCAUAGAAAUGGUGGAAGGAAACCCUCCUUACCUCUAUGAAAUGCGUAACAGGGUGAGAUAUCUGAUAGUUACCAAUGGGACACCAAAGCUCCAGAAACCUGAGCAAAGGCUUCUUCUAUUUCGUGUGUUUCUGAAAUGCUGCCUGGAGGUGGAUGUGGACAGGCGCUGGUCGGCUGAGGAACUUCUGCAGCAUCCAUUCCUAAAAUGCGCCAAGCCACCCUCCAGCUUGGCUCCUGUCAUUAUGGCAACAAAGGAAGCAAAGAAGAACUGCAUCCACUAG